CGAUGGUCCAUCUGGUCCAUCUGACCCAUCCACAAUAUUACAGUAUUUGAUUCCUUCCAAGCUUCAACUGAUACUACACUGCACUACACUGCACUACACCGAGCCCAAACAUUUUCAGACAUACCGCCCUACUACAGUACCUUCUUGUCGUUCACUGCCCACCUAGGCUAAUAGCUUAACACCCAUCCACCGAAACCGCCUAUCACGUCAUCUAACAUUCUCCCUACCUAGUUACCUAACUUACAAGAUGGCGCCGACACAGCUUCCAGCUUCCGGAAACCCUUUAGUCUUCUUUGAUAUUACGCUAGGAGGGGAACCCCUCGGUCGCGUUACCUUUGAGCUCUUCAAAGAUGUAGUGCCUCGUACCGCGGAGAACUUCCGUCAGUUCUGCACAGGCGAGGCCAAAAACAACCGCGGCCAGAGCCAGGGGUACAAGGGAAGCAAGUUCCACAGAAUUAUUAGCAACUUCAUGCUUCAGGGCGGAGAUUUUCUCAACGGAGACGGCACAGGUAGCACGUCUAUCUACGGCACCAAAUCGUUUGCCGAUGAGAACUUUACUCUAAAGCAUACUGAGAAAGGCCUCCUCUCCAUGGCCAACUCUGGCCCGAACACCAAUGGAUCUCAGUUCUUCAUCACGACAGUGCCCACCCCCCACUUGGACGGGAAGCACGUUGUCUUCGGCAAAGUUGUCGACGGCAUCGAGGUCAUUGAGAAGUUGGAUAAGACUAAGACUGGCAGACGCGGCCGGGAUGUCCCUGAUAUGGAUGUUGUGGUGGCACAAUGUGGCGAAAUGUGAAGCCCUCAAGCAAAAGAACAAAUACACGCACGUGGGGGAGCUAUGACAAAGAAAUAUGAUUCAUAGCAGUGAUGGCAACAUUACUGGAGAGGAGAAAAACACCCCGAGGGUCUCGACUACCGUGACCCCUAUAGUAGGGCCACAGAGCUCGCCAAAAUUUGAAGACGGGCAAUUUACCAAAUCAAGAGCUUACACACACGUACGAAGCUCUCCAAAGCUAUCAAUAUAUAUCUAGAUGGUCCAAUAAAACAUACCUGUAAUACUAGGGGUCCUGCAGAA